GGCGUUUGAGUGGUGCACGUGCGCGGAAUUGCUUGGGUUGCCUUUUUGAGAAAAAAGUUGUUGUUUCGGAGUGUAAUACCUAUUUGUGUGUGUUUUUGUCCCUCUGUGUUGUGUACUGUCCGUUUUGUGAUUGUAUUGUAAGUAUUUACAUUAAAAGGAGGAGGUGGCAACUACUCGCAUGUGAGUCAGGUGCCCCCUUCUCCUAGGCUCUGCAAAAUGGAGUCCGACCAAUUUGAUCCAGGGAUCCCUGGAUUCAUUGAAAACCCACCUUCACCAGCUUACCACAUGGAAAUUGAGGAAACUCCGUCUGCGGUUUCCCUGGAUCAAAUUCUCGCUCCAAAUGCCCCUACUAAUUCAAACUUGUCAUUAACUACCCCGAGCAAUGCCCUCAAAAUUAACAAAAUUUCCAAAAAAAGAGAAAUUGCUGCAGUUAUUUCUGGAGGCUCUAAUUUGAACAACCAGGACGAUGUUUCUAAAAUCCCCCGUACAGAGCAUUAUUUACUGGCUAAUAUGACACCUGCUCAUGGCACCCCUCAUCAGAUAAAUGCAUCCUCCCAGCUGUCUAAUCCAGCCCCCCCUGCUAAUCAGUCAUCAACCCCGACACAUGGAGCUCAGAACACAGGUGUGGAGAAUAAUGAAAGUCCACCCUCUCAACCAAACUCCCAAGACAUUGCCCUUACCCCCCCCCUCCCAGUUUCAAACACGAAAUGCGUAUCUAGACUCUGAUAAAGGUCCUUUUAUUGUACAUGUGGCCCGCGAAGCUACGGAGGCCGACUCCGGAGCUUACUUGCAUCCGGUUAAAUUUGGCCAGCUGCUUUACACAAAUGGCGUGACUAAUAUGAAGGAUGGUGGUAUAAAAAAGAUAGGUCGAAAUAGGCUUAGUAUUGAAUUCAGGUCUGCUGCUGGUGCUAAUCAAUUUCUCUCCAGCUCUCUGGCCACCAAAAGCUGUAAAAAGUUUAUUCCCUCCUACCACAUAACGAAGACUGGUAUUGCCAGAAAUAUCCCAACAGAUUUUUCAAAUGACGAUCUCCCAAAUUUGAUAAGGACUCCAUAUGGCUGCGGUAAGGUUGUGAAGGCGAGACGAUUAAAUUUCAAGAAAAGGAACCAAGCUGACAACACUACCCAAUGGGCCCCGUCAGAGACGGUGGUGUUGACGUUUGACGGCCAAAUCCUUCCUGACAAGGUAUUCCUUUUUAAUUGCGCAUUAGAGGUGGUCCCAUAUUAUUACCCAACUGUCCAGUGCUACAAAUGCUGCCGAUUUGGCCACGUACGGGCCCAAUGCCGUUCCCGCCCUCGCUGUUUUAAAUGCGCUCAACCACACGAAGGUAUUACACAAAUUACCGAUAUCCUUAUGUUGGACUUCUUAUGAUCUUCCCUCAUGUCAGCCGUGUGAAGCUCGAUACUCGUUUUUGGCAGAAUUGUGCUUAACUGCGCGGUAGCCAUAGACAAAAGA